GCUGACCUAAAAUCAAUCUUGUAGACCAAGUCAACAACGUCUUGCAAAGUAUGGCAUACAGCUUUAACUACAAAUCCAGCUUUCAGAAUGUCUCCGAAAACUUAACUAUCACGGCCAACUCACUUAACAAAACAACUGUAGACGACUUUCAGUCUUUAACAGAGUUCUACAAGAGCUAUGCAGGGUAUCAUGGCUACAUCAGUGUGUUUGUUUGUACUUUCGGAAUUAUUUCCAACUUGGCGAAUAUUGUCGUACUUACACGAAAGAACAUGGUUACUUCGGUCAAUGUGAUACUUACAUGGCUGGCUGUCGCAGAUACUUUAAAAAUGCUGGAUUAUCUUCCCUUCGUGACAAAAUUCUACAUACUUAAGGACCCUAAUCUGAGAUAUUUUCAAACGAGAGAUUACAGUGCAAUAAUAUUCUUGCUGUUUCAUGCGAGUUUCAGCCUUGUUUGCCAUUCGAUAGCAGUUUGGCUGACCAUAGCAUUAGCAAUAUUCAGAUUUCUAUUCAUUUGGUUUCCAACCCAUGGAAGUGUUUGGUGCUCACUAUUUCGAGCCAAAAUCGUGAUAUGUAGUGUGUAUAUUUCCAUCAUUAUUCUCAGCAUACCGAAUUAUGCAAUCAACAGUUAUAGCUAUGACAAUGAAACAAAGUUGUAUAUGUCUGCUAAAUCAGAGUCGCUGAAAGAUGAAUGGUUUGAUGAUGCAAACCAGUAUAUACAUUCAAUAUUAUUCAAACUGGUUCCAUGUUUUAUGUUGACGAUUCUUACUCUGUUGUUGAUAUACGCGAUGCAUAAGGCGUACAUGAAGCGAAAGGAACUGAAAAGAUUCGGCAAAAAGGAAGAUGCUGAUCGUCACCACGAACAUAACCGCACGACGGGCAUGCUUCUUGCUGUGGUUGUUAUGUUCCUGAUAACGGAACUUCCGCAGGGGAUUCUAACUUUGAUUGUAAGCUCUAAUCCAGAAUGGGAGACAAAGGUCUAUAAUAAACUCGGCGAUGUAUUAGAUAUCGUGGCACUGUGCAAUAAUUCCGUGAACUUUGUCCUGUACUGUAGUAUGAGUAAACAAUUCAGAGACACCUUUGUCCGAAUUUUCUGUCACUGCUGUCCAAAAGAUGGAAUGGGUUUUCUUAAGGUUCGACUCAACACCACAGCUAAUGGAAACAAAAAUUAUAUGGCGACAAUGAAUAAUGGACACAACAAUAACUCGGCCACGUUUGUUUAAAAUGCAAGGGAAAUGCAAUUUAUCAUUACACUGUGUUGUUUCAUUACAUCAUCAGAAUUGGAUCAAACUACAAAUUAUUACACUACAUAUAUGACAGUACUUCAUUAUUGUAAUGACGAUGUUUUAUUUAUUUUAUUUUAAAAAAGGAUCGUGUAUUUAAAAUGCUGAGAAUCAGAUAGAUGUAUGAACCAUUUUUCGAUUCUCUGUCUGACAACUCAGCUGCAAGCUCUGGAUUUCUUUUCUUUGUUUGUAUAAUUUAUUGGUGUCAUAUGUAAAUAUUAAACAAGUAGGCUAUAUUAUCAGACUAUUGCUUUUCAAAAACGUUACUCUAAAAUGUAGAACCUCUUUGUCAGUUAAAAAAAAAAAAUAAAAUCUAACUUUUGGAAAAUGACUCAUAAUUUUUUAAUCACGAUGUAUACUUUUUUGCUGACAUUUUAUACAAAUCCUCAAUACUGAAACGACCCCUCCCCCUUAGAUUCCAAAAAGAAAA